UCUUACGAGAUGGUCCAUCCAAAUUUUCACAUUCUCACCUUUUUUCUGUCUUUGUUGCUUUUGAGCCCUCCAAAAGCACAUUUCUCCAUCUUCAUGUCUUCUUAAAAAAAGAAAAAAAAAAUAUAAAAAGAAAAACGCAUAGAAAAGAACAAAAACUAUGAAGCUUGUUCUUCUUCCUCUUCUAGUAGUCCUUGUUCUUCUUCUUCUUCAGCAGCCAUGUUUCAUUGGGGUUGGUGCCACACCGGAGAACCCUCUUGUUUCCUCUCCGACUAUCUCACCCUUUUCUCAAAUCUCUUCUAUAAUGCCUGCCCACUCUCCUGGAAUUGAAGAAGUAAGUCCAACUCCAAAGCAUCAAAUGGGUUCCCACAAGAGAAUUCUCGUGGCUCUAAUCGUUGCUUGCACUAUUCUAGGAGCAAUCAUAUUGUCGUUGUUGAUUUUGUGCGUUUAUCACUUUAAGUUUUCUCACAAGAGACUUAAAAAGAGAAGUUCUCAGAACUAUGAUGGUGAAAAGGGGCUGAGAUUAAAUCCAUUUGUUGGUCGCUUCCACUCCACAAGUUUGGUGGGGAAAAAUGGAUCUGUUCUGUUGAUGGACUAUAAGAUCCUAGAAAAAGCAACGGAUAAUUUUCUGGAAAGUAAUAUAUUGGGUGAAGGUGGGUUUGGGCGAGUUUACAAGGCUCAAUUGGAAGAUAACUUGAUUGUUGCAGUGAAGAAGCUCGAUUGCACAAGCCAAGAUGCCGAGACAGAGUUCCAGAAUGAAGUGAAUUUGUUGCGAAGGAUUCAGCAUCCAAAUGUUAUUUCACUUCUGGGUUGUAGUAGUCAAGGCGACGAGAGGUUUAUAGUUUAUGAAUUGAUGCAAAAUGGGUCUCUGGAAACGCAAUUGCAUGGACCCUCCCAUGGUUCUGCAUUAACGUGGCAUAUGCGGAUGAAAAUUGCUCUUGAUACAGCAAGAGGAUUAGAAUAUCUGCAUGAACACUGCAACCCUUCAGUGAUCCAUAGAGAUAUGAAAUCAUCUAAUAUUCUUUUGGAUGCCAACUUCAAUGCCAAAUUAUCCGAUUUUGGACUUGCUGUAGCCGAUGGGACCCAAAACAAGAACAGCAUCAAGCUCUCAGGCACAUUGGGUUAUGUAGCUCCGGAGUAUCUGCUAGAUGGUAAGUUGACGGAUAAGAGUGACGUUUAUGCAUUUGGGGUUGUUCUGUUGGAGCUUCUGUUAGGACGAAGGCCUGUGGAAAAACUGGCACCAGCUCAGUGCCAAUCUAUUGUCACAUGGGCCAUGCCACAGCUUACUGACAGAUCAAAGCUUCCGAACAUUGUAGAUGCUGUUAUAAAAGAUACAAUGGAUCUGAAGCACUUGUACCAGGUCGCUGCUGUGGCAGUGCUAUGUGUGCAACCCGAACCGAGUUACCGUCCUCUGAUAACGGAUGUUCUGCACUCUCUUGUCCCUCUUGUUCCGGUCGAACUUGGAGGCACGCUGAGAAUUACCGCUUAGUCUGCUGUUUCAGUAGGUUUUGGUCACUGAUGAGUGUCAAGAGUUUCAGGCUAUCUACCGCUUCUGCAACAUUCUAUGGGGUCAUACACUGCUCAAAGUAUAAUUCUGAAUUUGUGACAUGACAUUGCUUGGCUCACCGAGAUGAUUGUUUCGCUGCAAAAUUAUUGUCUUAUUGAUCUAUGAGAGGCAAGCAAAGGCAAAAAGUUGGCUUGGUUGAGGGGGAAGAGUACUGGUUGGUUUAUCCCAUUCGUAAAUUGAAGCAGAAUUUUUUUGAUUGUGGAAUCUGUGAAUAUGAGGGUAUUCAGACAAAGACCAACUGCUCUUUUUGUCUUUUUUUUUUUUUUAAAUUUUUUUUUUUUUUGUAAUUGUUCUUCUCGUACUAUGGUGUAUGAAAGUCAGCUUAUUUUUCAGGGUCAGUAAGAGAAUUACCUCUAUGAAGCUCCAUUUGUAUUUCUUGAGAGUUUUGUAGGAAUGUAAAAACAAAAAAAAAGUCUUUCCUUAUGAACUCAAACUGCUGUUAUUUAGACGUUCAAAAUCUGUCAUUGUUCUUGAUAUUGAGAUGGGGCAUGUCUAAGCCUUAAUCAGGAAAGAAAG